AUGCCUGGAAAUCAGCCGCGGCGGUCGACCGCGAUUGUCACAUUUUCCGGACCUCAUCUUUUUCUAUUGCUCAUUCUCCCAAUCGCCGCCUAUUGUCAAUCGAAAAAGAAGUUCGAAGCCGAUGGAAGGGCCGAUUUGAUCCCACGAAAACCGCCAAUCCCAGCGCCAACGCCUCCAAAAGACGACAAUAAUAGUGUUAGCAGCAUUCAAGCUGCUCCACAUGUUCAAAACGUCAAAUCCCUCCCACCCGAGAAAUCCGAUGCACCAACUUCUGGAAAAAUGAAAAAGAAGAAGUGA